AUGUCAUCCACGGGAGAAAAGAAGGCCUCUGAGGGAUUGUCCAGUUUGAACACACCUGCAACUAAAAGUGCACAGCAAUCAUCAUCAGCGGGAAGAGAUGAUGAAAGCACGCAACAAACACAAUCCGAAAAAGCGAUACACGAAUCCGCAGCAGCACAAAGUCUACAAGAAGAUGGCGAAAGUGCCAAGGCAGACCCACGUUGGGGUCCAGCCCAUGAUACAAAGCAACAACCCAGCCACGCGGAACCCUUCAGUGGGCAUGCAACAGCAUUAGCACCGUCUGAUACAGCAGAAGGCGACCAGCCGCCAAGGCAAGUUAUAGCUGUCAGUGCAUCCAAAGGACCCGCUGCCUUUUUCAAUCUGGCUAGAAAGUUCUUGGUUACUGAUGAAAUGUGCGAUCUUUCAGCACUUGAAGGAGCCAUUGUCUCAGCUGUUGAUGCUGCUCACUUACUCGAACGAUCACAAUUAGCAACGAUAGUAAGAGUUCAUACCUCUUAUGUCAGUGUUGAGCCAAAGCGAAAGAAACAAGUCAUCGAAAUGCAGGGUUCUCAAGAAGAAAACCUGAAACCUGUUUCGGAAUCUUCCAGUACUGCUGAAGUCUCCACAGAGUCGCUUACAGUAGAAAAAGGCGCAACUUCCCAACCACCAGAAAGUCAAACCCAAUCUAGUAAGAAUCCACCUCCGCAAAAACCGAAGACACAACCGCCACAGCGCAAUACGCCAGGAGGUCGCGAACUUCGAAGGGCUCGAAUCGUCAUCACUGUAAAGAGGACUGAAAGUUACAAACAGUGGUUGCUAGAGAAUCCCUUGCAAGCCAUUAUUGCGGGAGGUUCCGACGAUACCGAGGACGAAGAAGGAGGGCCUGAAACCUCACUAGCAGCAUCGGCUGCAAGUGCGCAAACUCCCAGCUGA